ACAGAUACCGUGGCAUUGAUGAGAAUCAUGUUUUAGUCAGGUGGUUUUGGGCAGUCCUGGACAGUUUCACCAAUGAGGAGCGCAUCCAGUUUUUGAGAUUCAUUUCUGGGAGAACCAGGUUGCCUAGCAACCCUGCAGAUAUAACCCAGAGAUUUCAGAUAAUGACUUCGGACAGAGUAAGAUUUUAGCUCUAUAAUAAUUAAUAAAAAUGUCAUAAAUUAGGUAAAAUUCAUUUUAAACUCUGAAAUUAAUAUAAUAAAUAGCUUUUCAAUAUUGGCAAAUCAGUCUGAUAAACAAGACAUUUGCUUAGGCUGCGGUUCCACUGCUCUCGAAUUUUGCUGAUGUCUAAGGCUGACAUACAGCAUCAAAUUCAGUAGAAAAAACAAAUGUAAUAACAAAAUGAAGUGGUUUACGUUAGCUCAGACAACAUCGGUGACAGUGGGUGGUUCUCGGAAGUGCACCAGUGACCGUCUUUCUCAUCAUUAUUGUCUGAUCGAAGCUUCGAAACAAACAAAAUUUUAAAUGGUGACCAGAAUCAAGUGUUCAUUCCCGAAUUUUAUAGCAGAUCCUAAAUUGUAUUUAUAGCUACAAAUCAUAAUUUUAAUUUGUAGGAAAAUGUAUUAGUUCGGGUAGCCAUUAAAUAGUUACUUUGUUUAGUUUGUGACCAUAAAUCAGGUUAGGUGAUAUAGUCAUAAAGGUCAAGGUUGUUGUUAUUAUAAAUAAUGAAGAUUGGGAUGCAAUCUAACCACAAUGUUGAUGAAUUUCUCUAUCGAAAGAUUCGUCUUCUAUGUCUAGUAUAAUCGCUUGAGUCACUGUAUUGUAAACUUAUUAUAGACCCACACUGCUAUGACUAUUACUCUAUAUUAUUAGUCUUAACUAUGAGUACCGGUAGUUUAUUUUCUGCUAUAUUAUUAAUCUUAACUAUGAGUACCCGAAGUUUAUUUACUGUGCAGAUUGUGUAUUGGUAAGCUUGAUAGUUUUGAUGGUCUAUGAUUUAUUAAAAUAUGAGAAUGAUGUUACUCUUAGCAUUUUUUUAAGCUUUUACUUACGCAAGACCAAAUUUAAUGUAUAAAAUAGCAGUUUCCUCCAGCAGUCUGAUUGGAAUAAAGCACACAUCUUUGAUUUCAGGGUAGGGACAGCUUGCCCACAUCGCAAACAUGCUUUUUCCAGCUGCGGCUCCCAGCAUACAGCAGCCAAGCAGCAAUGGCCAGCAAGCUGCGCUAUGCCAUCAACCACUGCCGCUCCAUCGAUAUGGACAACUACAUGUUGGUCCGCAACACAGAGACUAGCCAAGACUCGGACGAUGAUGUUGUCUAGUGGUAGGGGGGGACCACCUUUUCCCACAUUCUCUGCAUUCCUCCAUUUAUUUGUGCCCUGCUUCAGUGGUCAAUAGGACGUCCCAUCAAGAAUUGCUGAUGCUUACAGUUGUUUAAUACUCAACAGACCAGUUUCAUGUGUUAAGCAUUCCUGUUUUUCUUUACUUGCCUUCAAUCAGUGUUUUGCCGUCAAAGAGUCACCUUUCAUGACUGUGAUGUUUUUUAACAGUUCAAUAAAAUAUUUAUUAAUGUGAAAUGAUCCCUGACAUAUAUGUGUGCACAUUCUGUAAGUUUAAGUAUCAUUGCAGUUUGAGACAGUCCAAAUGUAAGAAGGCUAGUUUUAUCAGUUCCAUUCCAGUUUAUUAGAAUACUAUGUAAAUAAGAUUAAACUAAUUGUCCAGAGAUUUAGGUAUCUGUGUAAAUUAUAUCAAGUAGAAUGAAUUAGAUCAUUUCUCCUAUCAAGUUCAUGUAUAACAAAAUAUGAGGAAGUCAUUGUAAACAUCUCUCUAUAGUAAAUGACCAUGUGUACAAUCACAAUACAGCAGUAUUAUUUGUGUAUUUGAGUUCAUACACAAUAAACCUACUGUGAUCAUAGCACUCCACUAGUUAUAUAAUCAAAUCUGUCAACAUAUUAUAUAUG